AUGGACGCAUUUGUUAUUCGUGAAGAAGUUGGAUCAACAAGAAAAGAAAAAGAGAAAGAGUCCGCGCUCGUAUCUGCGGCCAGUUCCUCGACAACUACAUCGAAAAAAGAGGCAUACAUUCUGCCUGCGAAAAAGAAGAAAAAAACUACAAACAAAGACAUCAACCGAAAGCAUGAAAAAAAUGACUGGGAUCCGGAAUGGAAAAAUAUUUUUCCUUGGCUUGAAAGACGUAUUGUUGGAGGAAUUCCUUUGUUAUUUUGCUUAUGGUGUGAGAAAUACAACCCAACUGCGAAGAAUGUGUUUGUUACCGGCUGCAAUACUUUCCGAAAAGAUUAUCUCAAUCACCAUUUAAAAAUUAACGAUCACAACAAUGCUAUCCGCAACCUAGGGAGACGGUCACCAGAUCAAAAUGACCUUUUUACGGGAUUUUCACUCCAAGUCGACCAUGACAAACUACAAAUUAUUUCAAGAAUGCGGUGUGUUUACUUGUGCCAAGAAACAUUUGCCAAUAUCAGCAUUCCAGAUAUCGUUGAAUUGACUGAAAUUCAUGUCAAAAAUCUUGAUGAACUUGUAUAUAAACAAUCACCAAUAACACUUGCUCCGCCACAUAUUGGACCUCGUAAAGAAAAAACCCCAAAUUCUGAACCUCUUGAACUCUUUUCGAAUUAUGCAAGCUAUACAAAUCCUGUUUCUGGUGCUAGUUUUUUGCAUGCCAUUGCUACUGUAAUCGAAGUAAGUUCUUCUGCAUGGAGUCUUUUAAUUGACGAAAGUAAUACGAUUACACAUGACAAAAAUUGUGCAAUUAUUAAUAAACAUCUUGUACAAAAUCAACCAGUUUUACGAUUUCUUGGACUAAUUGAGUUGGAAGAAACUAUUGCAGUCGUAAUUAUGCAAAAUCUGAACAAUUUUCUCUUGGCAAAAAUGCUCAAUAUGACGAAAUUACUACAUUUUGGAAGUGAUGGUGAUAGCACAAUGAUUGGCAUUCGUAGUGGAGUAUUUACACGAUUAAAGAAAUUAAAUCCUUUUAUGAGCAGUUGUCAUUGUAUUGCUCAUCGUUUAGCACUUGCAGGAAAAGACUCGGCAACAACAGUACCUUAUUUUAUGGAUUAUGAAGUUACCAUCAAAGAUCUUUAUGCAUAUUUUGGUGCAUCUCAUAACCGAUGGCGAAAUUUACGAAUAUAUUAA